UAGAUAACUAUACUGCGUUUACUGUGUGAAUAGAAACGCCGUCGUCUUAUCAUCAGCAUUCAUUUGUAUGGAUGUCGGAUCCGAUGACUCAGAUGUGGAGAUAGUAUCAGUCAAGAGCCAUCGAAAGCAAACGCAAAAAGGCGAAAGUUACCAAUGCAAGCUUAACUUUCAAGGAACCAGUUGCGAUAAUUGUAAGCAUUUACAAACUGAAAAGCUUUUAGAGCUAAGUUGUGGACACAACCUUUGUAAAAGUUGUUGUUUACGAGCUUUGGCAGAUGACUCGGGUAACUUGCUGAAUAACUUCAAUUGUCCUUUGCAGUUGUGUUUACAGAAAUUGGCGACUCGAGAUUGCCUCAAACUCUUUAUUCAUUUGUUCAGCUUGGGUGAACACAAGACUUGGUUGCAGUACUGGGAUGAAGAAAUAGAGAAAUUAGGCAAGCUUGAAAAAAGAGACAGCAGAAGCGGUCUGGUUUCGUUAUCUUCUAAUUUGACUAUUUCACAACCAAAAUUAUGUUAUUGUGGUUAUUCUGUUGACGCUUGUGCAGUAGAAUGGAGUGCAGAACCCAGUACACUUCUUUCUUUAGCAAGAUUUCACUGUGGGCUAGCCAGAAUUUUAAGUAUUAAUCUCCAAAUUGAGAGAAUAACAACUACUCUUAGAAAGAAAGUGCCAAGGCUAAUAUUGCAGAAAGAUUCCGCAUUCACAAGCAAGAAAUCAUUGCGUUGUUCAAAGCGCAUCACAAGAUAUUAUUCUUCAGGAGUUGGUUUUGGUGGAAGUAGUCAUGAAAAGUUUUCAGAGAACGAAAGUCAUAAAAGAAAGUCUGACUAUGAUGAUUCCUUGAUAUCUUCUGUUUUCGACUGUUUAGUAAUAGUGCUCGAUCGAAGACUAGGACCAUAUCCUCUGUUUCUUUGGUCCUUUUUACAUCAUAGUGUUUUGUCGCAAAUUGUUGCCAAUCUUUUGAGAAAUAAUUCAGUUUAUGAUGUUUGUUCUCGAAUGGAUUUGUAUAUGAGCCUAUUUUACUUUCUAAGACUGCUUGCUGAGGAUUUCACUCUGCAGUUGUUUCUCUUCAUCCCUAUUUCUUGUACGUAUGACUAUAAUGGAUCGGAGAAAGAGUCCGCAAAUGUGUGCUUGGCAGAACUGUUGGGAGAGUUUGAGAGAAGUGUUUAUUUUCUGCAAAAAUCAACUUUGAACGUCAAUUUAGACAUUCCUCGCGCUGAAAUAUUCCUCAUCAAUAUGGUUGCUGAGACUUGUGCUCGAGUACGAGGCAUAAAAACUUUAUAUGAACGUUUUAUGAAUAAUGUGCAAGACAGGACCGAAGUAUCCAUUCCAAAGUCUGAAAGAAGUGAUAAGGAUUUGUCACUGGAGUAUUGUAAUCGUCUAAAAGAUUUGCAGUUCCAGACUUUGGAAGGUCUUUCACGGGUUCAUUCAAUUACAAACAAGAGCAAUAUGCGUAAAGAAUGGAAUGCUAGCAAAGGUCGUACAUUUCGUCUCGCCAAAGAAAUUUCAAGUCUCAGAAAUGAUCUUCCACUUUUUUAUGGUUCAAGUAUUAUCGUCCGUGUAGAUGAAGAAAAUUUUGAUGUUUUCCGAGUACUUAUUUUUGGACCUGAAGGUACUCCUUAUGCAAAUGGAGCGUUUUUCUUUGACUUUUUAUUACCAAUAGAAUAUCCUGAGAAGCCUCCUGUAGGACGCUUUUUGAAUACAAGACGUGGAGAAAUUCGUUGCAAUCCUAAUCUAUACAAUUGUGGCAAGAUUUGUCUUUCUCUACUUGGCACAUGGCCAGGUCCAAGCUGGUCAAGUCAAUGUACUCUAUUACAGGUUUUAGUGUCCAUUCAGAGUUUCAUUUUUGUUGGAGAACCUUAUUUUAACGAACCUGGCUUUGAAGAGUUUCAAUCCACUAUUAGAGGAAAGAGAAAAUCCAGAACAUAUAAUUUAUAUGUCGAAGAUUAUACUGUCAAAUAUGCCAUGUUGGAUGUUCUUAAGAAACCCUACAAAGGCUUUGAGCAAGUAUUGAAGGAACAUUUUAGAUUGAAACAAAGACAAGUUAUCCGGCAAGUGGAAGAAUGGCAACAGAAAGCUAACGAAAGGACAAUGAGUCCAAGUCAUGACAAUGUCUUUUCCGAGUUUACGGAUUCCUCCUCCGUGAGUAGAAUUACUUGUGGAGUUCAAAUGGAUACUUUGAAAAAACUAAAAGAGACAUUGGAGCAACUGUAAUAGUAUUAUUACUAUCAUUGACGUCCAAGCUGUAGAGGAAAAUGUACAGAGAGAUAGGUGACUGAUUGGAUAUAUCAUUCUGUCAACACGAUUUUUUAGAUUAGCCACAAAUUGUUUUCCAUCUU